AGCUGGCGAGCCAGGGGGAAUCGCAGAGUCGCGACAGUCUGUCCAACCCGUCUCCGUCAACAUCUUCAGAAGUGUAUAAGAUAAAGUUUAUAUUUCCAAAUGGCGACAAGUACGCUCCAGGCCCCCUUCCUCGUUAGAUGGUGACUGCACCAGAACAGCUUCUGGGAUCUACGAGAGGAAUGGGACAGGCGUCCACACCACUCCUAACGGAAUUGUCUACACGGGAAGCUGGAAAGAUGACAAGAUGAAUGGCUUUGGAAGACUUGAGCAUUUUUCAGGAGCCGUGUAUGAAGGACAAUUUAAGAACAAUAUGUUUCAUGGACUGGGGACUUACACAUUCCCAACUGGGGCAAAGUACACUGGAAAUUUCAAUGAAAAUAGGGUGGAAGGUGAGGGGGAGUACACUGAUAUCCAAGGCCUGCAGUGGAGUGGCAACUUCCACUUCACAGCGGCUCCCGGCCUGAGACUAAAGCUCUACAUGUAGACCUGCUGCCUUAAUGCCGCCAUGCGGCCACCGCAACUCCCCUGCAGGCAAACGACUAAACCUUCAACUGAAAUGCCUCGCACCCUCUGUAAGUUCACCAAUAAAACUGUCAUUCACUUA